AUGCAGCUCGUAGAUCUGUUGGCUCCUCCCGAAGCAAAGAAACAUCCGCCUUCUUUAGAUAUUAAAAAGGAUAGCGCAGGCAUAGUGAUGAUCCAGGGAAUAACGAUGAAGAAAGUGGCGACGUCUGAAGCACUUGAAAAAAUUUUUGAAUACGGGUUGACUGCUCGCCAUGUCAGUGGCACUGCAAUGAAUGCAGAAAGCUCGCGAUCUCAUCUUAUUUUCGCAGUUCUCGUGAAAAUUGAAGAUUUAAUCGCCGAAAAAGUCACCAUGGGAAAGCUUUCGCUCAUAGAUCUUGCAGGUUCUGAACGUGUUUCCAAGAGUGGUGUCACGAAGGAGAGGCUGGUGGAAGCGAAGGAAAUCAACAAAAGUUUGACGGCUCUAGGUGACGUUAUUUCGGCUCUUUCUAGCGGGGAGAGUUUCAUUCCCUACAGAAACCACAAGCUUACGCAGGUGAUGAGCGACUCCCUAGGUGGUACAGCGAAGACUCUUAUGUUUGUGAACAUCAGCCCAGCAGACUACAACGUGGACGAGACGGUAACUUCGUUGAUGUAUGCUUCUCGUGUGAAGCUUAUUACGAACGAAUCUAGCAAACAAGUGGAGUCCAAGCAGCUCGCAAAACUGAAAGAAAGAGUGAAGAAACUGACGGCAGCGCUGGAGAAAGCUAAGCGCGGUGAAGCCGUUGACUAUUCACUCUUGAACGAAACCGAAGACGUCUCACCAGAAGAAACCCAGCAGCAGCAGCAGCAGCAGCAGCAGCAGCUGCAGCAGCAGCAGCCAGGUAACACAGAGGAAGACGACGAUGCAAACUACGAGGAGCCAGAGGACAUCUCCUUCUAA